AUGUUGGUAAGAGUGGAAACUCUAGAACGAGAACGCAAAGAACAGUUAUUGUAUAUCUCUUCACUUGAAGCAAAACUCGAAGACAUGCAAAGAUUGCUGAAAUCAACUACUGUAGAAAUUAGGAACGUACCGUGUUCUACUAGAAACGAUAACAAGUUGGAACUUACUAAUAUAGUACAAAAUACCUGUAAAGUCCUUGCUGUUGAUUUUCAACCGAGUGAUGUUAAGGACGUCUUCCGCAUUAAGGGAAAAUCGGGGACAUCUACCCUUGUAGUGGAUUUCUUGCGAACAAAGACCAAACAGGAAUUAAUUAAAAGUGCCAAGCUUUAUAACAAAACACACCCAAAUGAAAGGCUUAACUCAACUCUUAUAGGUUUAGGUGGACCAUCUAUACCUUUAUAUUUAUCCGAAGGUCUUACACAUAAAGGUCGUAGAUUACUGUAUCUGGCGCGGGAUUUUGCUUCAACUGCCAAAUUCAAAUACUGUUGGACGAGCAACGGGAAAGUUUUUCUCCGCAAAACCGACGAAUCGCCGCACAUUGAAAUAAAGUGUGAAACAGACCUGGUAAAACUUAAAAACAUGAAAUGA